AUGCUUGAAUUAAACCCAUGUCCCGGGGUAGUGUCGGGGGAAAACAGCAAUGCUGUUGUUGAUAGCGUGCGUGUGGGGCCAUAUAUAAUUCUAAGUAUUAGUAAUGCAUUUAAAAUGCUAAGUGAUAAUUAA